CACAACGAGUCCUGAUCCCUCAGGGCAGGGGCGAAAUAACUUCACAUUACAUCAUUACAUGUGAAUAAAAAUCUAUCAUACAGGUCUCAGUCAUAUCAGCCCUGAAAUUCUUCAUUAGUUUCCACACUCUCCGGAGAAAAUACCCGAGAACAGCUUCAGUUAUUCCUCCGACAAAGAUCGGCCCGCCGCUUUCUGCUUUAUUCCGAUUGCUAAGAUAUCUUCAUUUGUGAGUCAAUGAUAUUUCCCGAGACUCCUUUACAAUUUUUUGCAUUUGUCUUCGCAAUUGACGACUGACGUGCGAGCAGACUCCUGAUCCAGAUGCGUCAUAUAUUCCAGGAACUCAAUUUCCCCGUAUCUUCGCUGGUGUCAUCUUGCCCUUUGCGCUGUCCUCGAUCUGUGUCCUUUGCCGUUUCUAUUCUCGUGGGAUCCUGCUGAAAUUCUGGGGCAUCGACGACACGCUCCUCCUCAUAUCAUGGGUAUGAAUGGUCCACCACAACGCAACAACCUUUGCAGAUUUCCUACCCUCACAGCAUCAGCACGAACUAAGUUCACUAAUGUAUGCUCAACGAUCCAGACCUCAGGCGGUAUCGCUCUAGGCGCCCUGAAUCUCGUGCUGGUACAUUUCGGACCUAGCAACGAGCUUCCCAAUUCCCCACGGGCUUCAGAAGCACUGAAGUUAGGCUUUGUGUGCAAGGAGCUGUACACCUUCACAUUGAUGACCACCAAGUUGGCUAUAUGUGCCGCAUACAUUCGGAUAUUCCAGGACAAAGGAGGGAGACUGUUUAUUUGCAGUGUGAUAAGCUUCGUAGUGCUGUCGACGAUUCCCAUCACGGUCGCACAUUGUCUGAGGUGCAAUCCUCCGGCCGGGCCUGGUCACAAGUACCAGCGAAGUGUUUUGCCGAACCUCCCAUCGUCAUUUCUCAGGCAGUCUUCAACAUCCUUGGCGACUUCGCCCUGCUUGCUUUCGUACUACCCAGAAUUUCCAAGCUGCAAAUAGCUCGGCGACAGGAAAUCAGUCUCAUGGAAGUCCUAGCCCUCAGUCUCCUCAUCAUCGUCGCAGCAAUCGCCCGCGCCGUCCGCGUCGUGCAUGAACUCGAAGCCUCGGCAGUCGAGAGCCUUCCGUACGAGAGCUACGGCAUCGACAUCACCAUCUGGACAUCGGUCGAGAUCAAUACCGCGCUGUUCUGUGCUGCUGCUCCGAGUCUGAGACCGCUUGUCCAGAAGUUAAUUCCUGGGAUGCUGAUGUCUUCCCGCUCGCAGCUUUCGGGUGGCACAGGAUCCAGCUUCUAUGGAACUCGUGCAGGUAAUAAAUUGACAAAUGCUGGUGGGAGGUCGACCGUGGAGGUGUUGGAGUUGGUGAGUCAUGUUAAGCUAGCGCCCGAAAGGAGAAUGGAUAAUGCUUGGAAUGGGAACAGGUAUGAGCGGGCAGGAACUUUGUGUGAGGUUGGGAGAGCUGUGAAUAAUGUUGGACGGUAUUGUAAGAAUGAACAGGGAAGAAAGUUCGUGACGAUCACUACUUUGGAAGGACACUUCGAUUCCGAUUUGGAACUUGGAAGGACUCAUGGGGAGAGUUUCUGACUGAGUGGAAGGAUGGAACCAAGCGAGAAAUGCUCCAAGUCAUGAGAUUAUUACCCCACAUAAGAGUGAAUGCUUCUAUGAUCAUGUGAAAUAUGACAUCGGCGACAACAAGAGGAAGUACUCAAUCCCUAAACCUCUUCUCUGGGGUGCCCUGGCUUCUCGAGACUGAUUUAGACACGGUGGGUUCUCUUCAUCGACCUGCUCGUCGCCCGAUGGCCAGCCCGCUAUACAGAUGCAUAUAGCGACCGGCACUAUAACUGCCGCCAAAACACCUGCGACGAUGAGAAGCUUCAAAACCCAUUGCUUCAUGGCGGGCGUCAGCUUAGAUGGGUUGUCGUUAUAGCCGUUGGUCUGAAAUUGUGAUCCGUAACCAAUAUUGGUUGUCUCUUGCUGUUGGCGACUUUGCUGUAUGCGAACUUGUACUUGUUGCUGGUACUGGAUGUCUUUUACCAGUGCGAUUAACUCAGAAGGAUGUUUGCUUGGAAUGAUGCUCAAGCAGAAAAACUGAACAUUUGUGGGCAAGGCGAGUUAGUCUUAUGUAGCUGGAUUCUCAUUUCGACUGGAAAGAAGUACCUGUGCCCGUGACGUAGGGAAGGUACCUUAGCGUG